AUGAUCCUCCUCGGCCGUUUACUCAAAUUGGUUUAUGAUCGUCUCACCCGCACUCAGCUUCGUGGAGGCGCCGUGAGCUUGCAUCGUGACGAUUUUCGCGUGGCACAGCGCGGCAGGACAAAAAGCAACUCGCAAUCUGUUGAUCAAAAUAAAUACAGUGGCCUUUCUUGGGCGAGGGAAACAUGGGUCGUCGCAGAAAUGACCGGCUUAUCGCUGUCUGCAUGUCCGAAGGAAUCUUUAGGGUCGUCCGUUUCGGGAGGACCCUACUUACCUGACUGUCAUCGGCACACGCGUUCCGGUCGUGCUGGGGCCGGAGUCGCCUAUGGCAAAAUAUGGGGCAGUCCUGACACCCUUUUUGGUCGUCGUGCAGCAGCUCCCGUGCUGCACUCGCUCCACGGCAUGAAAUCUGACUGCAUUUUACGUUAUGCAAAGGCGGAGGAAACAGACUUGUGCGGUGGCCUUUGUUGGAAUCUCUGCUUCAAAACAAAUAGCGCAAUUGCCCCUGGAGCAUGGUAUGUCAUCGCGACAAGUACUUUAUGGUCUACUGCACUCGUGCACAUCCGUAGACAGUCGCCUGGGUGA